GUUUAGCCUAAACAUAAGCAAUGCAGCCACCAUCUCGGCACUCCAGUUUCUUCUCCUCACUCAAGCAGGUUGAGAAACGAUUGAAACUUGAAGAACAGACACAACACCCCUCCUCUUCACAACCAGUUCAAGAAAGCGACUCUAAAUUCACAUCAUCAACAGAAUCGCUUAGCUCCCCGAUAUAUCUCCAGUUUGACCAAACCCAUAACAACUCAACUCUUCAAGAAAGCGGCAACAGUGAAGCCCCACAAGCAUUUUUAUCUUUGUCUCCUGAAUUUCCACGUUCAACCCAACAAAGCCCUCCUCAGAUAAACCCCACAACGACCCAUGAUCAAGAAUCUAAUGAUGUUGAUGACAUUAAAAUGUUAAUGCAGCUUCUGGGUAUAUCCGAUCAUUUUGAAGAGAGAAAUGAAAAAGAGGAAGAUAGGGGUGGUGUUGGUAAUUGUUGUGAAUGUGAAGGGGGGUUUUAUGAAAAGAUUAUUGGAGUUAAGGGACCCAAGUGUGAGAAGGAAGUGGAGAGACUGGAGGGAUGGAUUAAGUACUUUUUGGGAAGUUGCAAAGGUGAGGAGCCUUUGAGGUUGGCUUAUUUGCUAAUGGGCAAAGCUGCUUUUGCUUUAGAUGGUGAUGAAUGUGGAUUUGGUGGCUUGGAGUUUCCUUCCACCAUAGAUGGAUUCUUAAAGAACGAUCCACCCAAAGAGUAA